AUGGGUGUUUCUACACCAUGGCAUCAACUCGGCCUCUUGAUGAUCAAAAUGAGCGAAUUAAACCAGUCCGUCGCUCUUUUAACAACAUCGGAUUAUCGUUUAUCAACUCGUAAUAUUACCUGUGCAAGUACAUCCGAUAUAGCCUCUUUUAGUAACCAAUGUGAAGCAUGUCUCAUUGUUACUCGUAAUUAUCGUAUUGAUACUAAACUUUCAAUAACUGGUAAUGGUCCCGCGGGCAGCUCCUACUUUUGUCUUAAUAAUAAACAAGUCGAAGGUUACCAUAAUAAUUUAGUGCGUGAAUGUUUCGGAUAUCCAUCAGCUAAUCUAAAUGGUUUCAACGAUUAUUGUAUUGCUUCACCAUACACACGAGUGAGAGGAUCGUAUCGAGCGUGUACAUGUACUGAGAAUAAAUGUAAUAUAGACUACAAUGAAUGUAUAUUAAAAAAUAAUUUGAGAUUAUAUGUACCGUUUCCAACUACGGUCAAAGAAUCUGGUACACCUAUUCAAUGUUACAGUGACAAAACGUCAUUAUGCAAUGCAGGAGACUCUGAUUGUAUAAAUUUUAUUGAGAAAAAUUGUGUUCUCUGUUUAAUAAAAUCAGAUCGUUCAGGACAAGUGACAAGGCAAUGUUUACCACCAAGUUUAUAUAGUUAUUAUUUGACAUAUACGCGAAUGGAAGAAUGUUCACAAUCAACAUAUUUAUCGAAAAAUUUGUAUUUAUACAACUGUCGAAAUGGUGAAACAAUUUCACAAGAUAUGCGUGUUUUAACAUUGCGAUAUAUGUGA